CAAUAAAUAAACCUAUAAUUCAGAAUUUCUCAGAAGAGCUCUAGCUAUGAAUUCCUCAAACUAUAUAUGAUGAAAUCAUUAUCCACCCAGUCUACGAAAAUUAGAGGAUAUCACAAAGUUAUUAAACCGAUUUAUCACACUUGACAAAAUUUACUAUUUACGAUUGCAGAAAUAUAAAGGCUCAGGAAUCAAUACAGCAUUAUUAUAAACUAGAAGUAUUGUAACCAAGUCUGUCUGUUUUAAACCCAAAAAUUGUAACGCAGUAUUCCUAAUACUUGGCUAUAUUAUUCUUCUUCAUCUAGCAAAAAGAAAUAUAUCUCUAAUAAAAUUCCAGACAUGAAGUUGUACAUGUAGGUAAAGUCUUCAAGGCUGAAUAUUCUAUCAACACAUUAAGUUUUUCAGACUCAUUCUAAUGGUCUAAACAUCUUUUCAAACUCCAAUGGCUUCAAGCUUUCCCUUUUAAAUAGACACAUAACAUUUUGAGCAACAAAACUAGUGGAGCUCUGACACUAAUUGAUGAUUAUGU